CUCGAGUACACGAACGGCGACGAGUACGUGGGCGAGUGCGUCGAUGAGACGCGACACGGACGAGGGAGACACGUGUGUAGCACUGGGGACGUGUACGAUGGGUACUGGAGGGACGAUAAGCGACACGGACGAGGGACGAUGACAUUCAAGUCGGGAUUGAAGUACGAGGGCGAAUGGGAAGACGACAAGACGUGCGGGCGAGGGAGGUGCGAGUACGUCAACGGCGACGUGUACGAGGGUGAGUGGAAGAAUGAUCAUCGCUGGGGGUGGGGUACGCAACGUUUCGCGAGCGGGGACGUGUACGAGGGCGAAUGGGUGGAUGAUAUCGUCGAGGGUAAUGGGAUGUAUACGUACGCGGACGGGUCCACGUUUAACGGCGCGACGCUUUCGGGAUCGCGAGUGCGCGGAAGGUACGCGGCGAAGGACGGAUCGGUGGAGUACGACGGAGAGUGGCGCGGUGAUUAUCGGCAUGGUCGCGGUAAGUUUGCCGCCGUUGGGUCGUACAAGUACAUAGGGCAGUGGCGCGACGAUCUCAGGCACGGGCGAGGCAAGUGCGAACUCGCCACGGGAUCGACGUACGACGGCGAGUGGCGAGACGAUCAGUAUCACGGCAAGGGCGUGUUGAAAACAGCGACGUUCGAGUACGUUGGAGACUUUGAAGGGGGUCGUCGAAAAGGACAGGGCGUUUGCAAAUUCACCGACCUCGGUGAGGAGUAUCGCGGCGCGUUCGACGAAGACGCCGAAAACGGCAAAGGCAAGCGAUUGUACGCCGACGGCACAAUUUACCAGGGCGAGUGGUGUGACGGUAAGCGACACGGCAAAGGCGCGUGCACGUACGCCAACGGUGAUGAAUAUCAAGGCGAGUGGGUGCGAGACGAGCGACACGGUUACGGCGUGUGCGUCUUCGCCGAUGGCACAAAGUAUCGCGGCGAAUGGGAACGCGAU